UCAAGACAGGCAUCUCUGAGGAGCUGGAGGCGCAGGUGUUGGAGAUGCCGUUCAAGGGAAAGCGGGCCUCCAUGUACGUGUUCCUCCCUCAGGACCAGAACAACGGACGCGAGUUGGAUAAUAUGCUGAAGCGCAUGAAUCCCGGCUCGCUUCUCUCCGCCAUGAGAAUUCUGGAUCGCCGUGAUGUCGUCAUUAAUUUCCCCAAGUUCAAGUACGAAAAGUGUCUCGGCAGCGAGCUCAGACUGGCUCUUAUCCGCAUGGGGAUCCGCGAACUCUUCACGGAGUCAGCCGACCUGACCACCUUCUUCCCCGCCGGAGGACUCAUGGUCAAGGACGACAUCCACAGGGCGAGGAUCGAGAUCAACGAAGACGGCGACGACGCCACCAAGACGAAGUGGUCCUUCGGGCCGCUCUCCGUCCCGCCGGCGCCGAAGCCCUUCAACUGCAACCGGCCCUUCCUGUUCCUCGUCAUGGACAGCUACAACACCAACAUCCUCUUCAUGGGUGUCUUCCGGCAUCCAUAGUGCGUCGGUGUCCUUGCGGACGGACUCGACACACUUGAAGGAAUUUAGGAUCAUGCUUGCACCUACGAGCCUGUGCGCUCUCUCUUCUGCAGGAAUGUUGAGUUUACAAAUCUCGCUUUUCAAGGGUACUCUGAAGUCUUCGUUGUUAAGACAAAUUACUUUCCAUAACACAAUAGCAGGUAUUAUUUAUCUUCUUCACAUAGUGAUAUACAGAUUUUCUUUUGAUGCUCCGAGCAACAUGGAAACCUGUAUGUAUGUAUAAUACAUACCCACACAUAUUGUGUGCAGCCGUCUUUUAAAAGAAGGCACUAUCUAACUUUCUUUAUGUUGUGAGCAGAAGUUGACAAAAGGGUAUAACUGAUACCCUCUUGACAGAAGAGAUCCUCUGCUUUCGUUAUUAUUAUUAGAACUUGUUAAAAAAUAAAAACAGUAAGGGCAAUCCCUACAUACAUUUGAUAUAAAGGUAAACCUCACCGACAAGGAAUAACAAAUAUCGAAUUCAUGCCUAAAGUUUCUCUCGAAAAAAAAAAAAAAAAAUACACGGGAAAAAAAAAUCCCUUAUGCACUGCCCUAUUUCUGCUAUAUAUUUUGUAUAUAUUGUUGAUAAAUAGUCCAAUGUAAACGUAUUUUUAUUUGUUCUCUUCUCAUACGGUUUUUUUCUGGGUAAAUUUUGAUCUUGUGAUGCCGAAAUUAUAUAUAUAUAUAUAUAUAUAUAUAUAUAUUUGUAUAUUAUAUUUAUAUAUUUGUAUAUUAUAUUUUAUAUAUAUGUUAUAUAUAUAUAUAUAUUCACUUUUGCGGUCACAUUUUGUCAGCUCAUUACUGUAUAUAUAGAGAGAGACUAGCAUGACUGUUUAUAAUCAACAUUAAUCAUAGCUAUUGGGUGUUUCUUAGCUAUGCUUAUGAGUCAUCUCUUUGUACACUAUCAUCAAUAAAGAGAUGGAUGUC